GAUAUUUAGGCUUGACUUGGUGGUCUAGUUAAUCUCUAGUAGACCAAGUCCAAGUACUAAGAAAUUAUAAGUCUACUAGUCACCUAGUCACCGUGGCCGAGUGUCUUAUGUCUAGUCUAUCUAUUAAAAAUAUAGUCUAGAUAUAGAUCUAUAUGAUAAAUAGAUAUAUUAUAUGAUCGGCAUGACGAGUACUCUAUUACUAGAGAAACUAUGACUAAAGACAAGUAGAAGUAGAGUACUGAAGUCGAAGUGUGUUAGUGUCUGAAGUAGCCGUAGGCGUAGGCAGUAGUAGUUACUAGUAGGACUCAUUAGCUCAGUAGGAGCAGUAGUCUGAGUUAGUGAGUAGUGCCAGGGCAGAGGCAGUAGCCGUAGCGACUACUACUAGUCUAGAAUCUAGAUCUACUCUACUACUAGAUCUACUUCUAGCGUAGAGUAGGGGGUUAGGCUGCUUAGUAGCUAUAAUUACUAAGUUAUAUUAACAUUCUGAAAACAACUCUAAUCUCUAUGUAAUGCUUUGAUGUUUAAUAAAAUCAGCCAAAUGUCGGAAACAAAUAAUGGAGAAAGUGAUGGCUUUAAAUUUUGGAGGGAGAUAUUAAGAUCAGCUAAAUAUGUCGCUGCACCUAUGGUUGAUCAAAGUGAGCUCGCUUGGCGAAUGCUGAGUCGGCACUACGGGGCUGAGCUCUGCUAUACACCAAUGUUUCAUGCAUCAGUAUUUAUAAGAGAUGCUUUAUACAGAAAAGAAUCACUCCAAACAUGUCCUGAGGAUCGACCACUUAUUGUACAGUUUUGUGCAAAUGAUCCAGAUACACUUUUGAAGGCUGCUCAACUUGCUGAACCAUUUUGUGAUGCUAUUGAUUUAAAUUUGGGAUGCCCACAAACAAUAGCUAAACGAGGACACUAUGGAGCUUUUCUACAGGAUGAGUGGGACUUGUUGGCGAAAAUGGUUAAGACGUGUCAUGAAAACCUAAAGGUUCCAAUCACAUGCAAAAUCAGAGUUUUUCCAUCUGUGGAUAAGACAGUUAAAUAUGCCAAAAUGUUAGAAGAUGCUGGUUGUCAGCUGUUAACAGUUCAUGGUAGAACAAGAGAGCAAAAAGGGCAAUUCACUGGCGUUGCUGAUUGGACAUAUAUUAAAGCUGUUAGAGAGGCUGUCAGAAUUCCUGUUUUUGCUAAUGGAAAUAUACAGUACCUAGCAGAUGUGCAUAGAUGUUUACAAGAAACAGGAGCUCAGGGUGUUAUGAGUGCAGAAGGGAAUUUGCACAACCCAGCAUUGUUCCAUGGUCUAAGUCCCUUUAUUUGGGACAUGAGUCAGGAGUACCUUGAUUUUGCAGAGAAAUAUCCAUGUCCUUUGUCAUAUAUAAGAGGCCAUGUUUUCAAAAUAUGUCACCAUGGGCUUUCUGUACACAGAGAAGUGAGAGAGGUGGUGGCUAAUGCCAAAUCUAUUCAAGAUUUUCGAGCAUGUAUGGAAAAGUUAAAGAUUUUAUGUAAAGUUGAUAUUGAAAAAUGUGCAACAGAUCCAGAGACAUUUACUUUCAAGUUGAAACUUCCAUUGCCUUACUGGAUUUGCCAACCUUAUGUACGCCCAGGUCCUGAAGAAGAGAAUGAUGUUGAACAUAAAGAAUUAAGAAAAAGAAUCAAUCUGAAACGCUCAGAGGACAUGCAGAAAGUCAGUGCCGAUGAACCAGGAUUGUCGAACAACAAAUUGAAGAAAAGAUUAAAAUGUCCUAAUAAAAAUUUUGAUCCAGGCCUGAAGAUGAAAUUUGAAACUUGCAGUCUUUGCCUGAAUCCCAAGGGCUUGAAAUGUGAAUAUGGACUUUGUAAGGGAUGUUGCAGAUCCAAAACUCAUUCUGAAUUUCUCAAUUGCAUAGGUCAUCACAUCAAGAAAAAAAGAACUGCAAGGCCUGUAGAUUUAGAUUCUAAAGCAGAUAGCAAUAUUUCACAUGAAGUUCACAGUGAUGUUUCAGAAGCAAGUUUGAUUGAAAAGGAUUUUAUAUCACAUGCUACUCACAAUGACAUGUUAGAUAAAUCACACUGCAAUCUUAAACCUUUGACUGUAAAUGGUCUUCAUAAAACUGAUCUCUGUGAUAUUUAUAUUGACAAUCAUUGAUAUUUAUUUCAGAAAUAGUUUAAAAUGCUAUAUUUGAAUAGGACUAUUUAAAGAAAUAGACAUUUUUAUUGUAAUAACAUACUCAUGGAAAUUAAUAUACAUUUUUUUUGUAUGUUACUGUAAGCAUUUUAAUGAAAUUGUUUUAAUACAGCUUUACAAGCUUAGAUUUAUUUUUUUUGUUAAGAAUGAAAUAGGUUCUAAUUUUUUCAAACCAAUAAAAUAUUUACAAACCAGAUACUUUUCAAUUUAUGAUAUAGUAUAUUGUUUUUUAAAGUGACUAAUGUACCAUAGAUUUUAUUAAAAUUUAAAAAAAAAAAUGAA